CAAUUAUCCAUAUCCCUAUACGCUUCAUAAACUGCUCCAUCAGGGUUCCACUGCUCGCCUUGAAGAUAUACCAGCAGUUUCGGUGGAGUUGUCUCUGGUAUCUUCGUGUUUAAUUAUCAGCCGACUUACUCUUGUUGAUUUAAGGACUUUUCUAUCAUUGAAUCAGAAACACUCUUAGACGUUUCUUCUUCCCGCUCUUUCUGUUUACUCUGCAUGCCAUAUUCUCAACCAUCUAGAACAUGAUUUCGUCACAUGGUCGUACUGCUUCAAAAGCUCGACAAAGAGAUGAUACACCAGUGUUUCUGGACCGGUCAGACUCCGAUGACGAUGACAACAACUUCAAACCACCAGCAUUGAGUAACUAUGCGUUGGCAUUAUUGAAGAAAGAGAAUGAUGGCUCUGAUAAAGAAAACCUGCAUACUACACUAACAAGACAAGUACCGAAAAGAGUCAACUUCAGGAGGUCACCAGAGGACAACACGAGGUCCAAACAACAUCAUGGUGAGAACCAAGCCCUAAGGACUAAUACACUAUACACAAACCAAUCAGAACACGAUUCUGUAUUCACUAGGGAAACCCAGAUGGAUUAUGACAUAUACGGGUCCUUCUCUACGGGUCAUGACAAGGCCCAGAAGACGCCACUAAAUAGGUCAUCGAGCUCAGGAUUAGGCUCUACCAGUGGAAGUCAUUCACGGCUGAGGAGUUCCACAAGGAGAGUUAGGGGAUUUGGAGGCUUGGGUCCACCAAAGAGAGCCUCGUCAAAUGUUGAAGAUGUUCUGAAAUCAACAUCUGAUGCUCAAACUCUGGAAGAUGGACCGAUGAGAGAUAUUACGAUAUCACCUGGCGAACACAACGGUGUCACAGUUGGUAAGCCCCAUAUUACACCAGAAAAACGUACACCUUCCAAGAACCCAACUAUUAAUAUUGACUUUGAAGGUAUGAAUCCAUACCAAUACUCGAGAAAGCAUAACAUUCCCUCACUGGAACUACCCAGACUUGUGAAGAUUUACUUUGAGCAGCAAAAACACCAAGCGAAAGAGGCGAUGUCCCUGAAGAGUCCCAUUAGACUUAAAGAGGCCAUGUACUCUCAAAUUGAAGAACAACUAAAAUGUGAUACAGGUACCUCCGGAGAGAUUGAACCAAAGACUGGUGUGCCGACGCUGACCCUUGGUAGUGACAAGGAGAACAUUGGUAUUCCUCAAAGACCAACUACCGAUCUAGAACAGUUACGUUCAAAUCGACAGCCUUUGGCUGUUCUGACUCAGGCAAACCAAAAAUUACAGAAUUCCCUGAAAACUCCUAAUCACGAAUCAUAUCAAGAAUAUCACUACAAGCAAACCGAACCUUUGAAACCUUCUGAUGAACCGAAGAAAAGUUCUAAAUUGCUCAACAUCAAUGGAAAGCAAUACGAAAAACUUGAAUUAUUGGGUAAAGGUGGCUCUUCAAAAGUCUUUAAAGUCAAAUCUCUGAGCAAUAAGGUAUACGCUGUUAAGAAGAUAUCCUUUGACGAUUUUGAUGAGGUUAGUAUACGUGGCUUUAAAGGUGAGAUUGACCUAUUGUCUAAACUUCGUGAUCAAGAGCGUGUUGUUAGGCUAGUUGAUUAUUCUUUGGGACAAGGUUCACUAUAUUUGGUGAUGGAAUGCGGUGAAAUUGACUUGUGUCACGUACUAGCCAAGAGACUCGACUCUCCCAUGGAUAUCGAGUUUGUGAGAUACCAUGCUAGUGAACUUCUCAAAUGUGUUAAAUCAGUACAUGAUGCCGACAUUGUUCAUUCUGACUUGAAGCCUGCCAAUUUCCUCUUCGUAAAAGGCAUGAUGAAAAUCAUUGACUUCGGCAUAGCCAAUGCAGUUCCAGAGCAUACAGUGAACAUUUACAGAGAAUCACAGAUUGGAACGCCAAACUACAUGGCACCAGAGGCAUUAAUCGACAACAAUCAACAUCUUGCUGAUUUAUCAUCACAUAAGAGCCAAUGGAAAGUUGGUAAACCUUCAGAUAUUUGGUCUUGUGGUUGCAUCAUAUACCAAAUGAUUUAUGGACGACCGCCAUAUGGAGGAUAUCAAGGUUCACAAAGACUUUUAGCGAUUAUGAACCCAGAUAUCAAGAUCUCGUACCCAGAUAAAGGGUUGGGUGGUGUCAAGGUCCCUGGAACUGCCAUUGCAACCAUGCAAGCAUGUCUAAUGAGGGAUCCUGCUAAAAGAUGGACAGUACAACAGCUGUUGGAAGGACCAUUCCUAAAACCGAGAGUUGUAUCUGAACAAUUUGUUAAUGAUUUGGUCAAAAAUGCCAUCACAUACGGCAUUAGCAAAUCUAGCAUUGAUGAUGAAGAGUUGAAAACGUUGGCGGAUGACGUCUGGAAAAGAAUUUCACAAUUAAGUCUGUAAUUAUUGAUGAUCUAAUGUACUUUUAAUGAGA